CGCUUCCUCAAGCAGGUGGACGAGAUGGCGCCGCCGCAGGUGUGGGAGGGGGUGGUGGAGGAGGAGGUGGAGGAGGAGGCGCCUGCGGCGGAGGGGGGCGGCGCCGGCGAGGGCGGCGGCGCGGGCGGCGGCGCGGAGGCGGCCGAGCGCCGAGCGACCACACGAGACGCCGAGCGCACCAGCAGUCCCAUGCCAUGCACACGUCCCGGCACGGACGACGGGACUCGUGCGAGUCCCCCGCCCGAGAUCGCCGGAGAGCACCCGAGAUCGCCCGAGAUCGCCCGAGAUCGCCCGAGGGCGCUUGACGACCUGGUCGACUCGCCGCACCUGAUCAAGGGGCGCGCGCCCGGCAUGAUCCAGACGGUGAGCACGAUGGAGACGAAGCUGAAGCGGGACGUGCUGAUGCUCAAGCGCGAGCUGAUGGACAUUAGCAAGGGCAAGCCAAAGGACGAGCUCUGAGCCGUAGGGUGGAGGCGGCGCCGGCAGCAGACCCGGGUGCACCGGCGGCGUCCCGUUUGUUCUCGGGACGCGGCGCGCACGCGCCCCUGGCUGCGGGCGGGGGCGGGGGGGGUCGGCCGGAUCGUUUUUGUGUGUUGUAUCAGGUCCCCAACUCCCCAU